CUCCAUUUGCGGGCGGCAGUGCUAGAACCGUAGUCCGGGUAGUCGGUAGGGCUCUGUAAGACGAAAUUUUUGUUUUAUUUUGUUUUUUGUUUUUAUUUUGAUUAUCAUAAUAAUAUGAUGUUUCUGAUCACGCAGAUCAAUUUGGCCGUUGUCCAAUUGUGCUAUAGAUCGUAACACCAUUUGCCGAGUACUUGUAUAGUGCGUAUGUGUGCGUGUGUGUGUUAUUUAUCUGGUUGCACAUCUAAAUAUGUUAAUAAUUUGAUUUUGAAUAACUCUGUGGUGUGUGAUAUCUGAGUUAAAAUCAGUUUCCGUCAUCAUCAGAAACUUUCCUCCCGUAAAAUAGGUAAUAAUAUUUCUGUAAUGGUAAAUUUAGUUUACACCAAAAUCAAUAAUAUUAAUUCAAACCAGUGCCUAAUCUAUUUCAGAUAACGAAUUAGUCACUAUAAGAAAAUCAUCAUGUCGGUGCCUAAAUUGUCAACCGAUUUCCGGAGGGAUGGCUUAGCUCUGAUCACACGCAUGGUCAGAACAAAAGACUUAGAUGACCUUCAGGGUGAAUCAAGCCCUCCAGGACGAUUUGAUCCUCACCAUCCAACGAAAUUAAAAAAAUGUCUGAACACAAUUGACUUGACCUCUUUAGGUGUCGGUUCUUGUCUGGGAACUGGCAUGUAUGUGGUCACUGGACUGGUUGCUAGGAGGUUUGCAGGUCCUGCGGUCAUCCUCUCGUUUAUUAUAGCUGCUGUAGCGUCACUAUUUUCGGGUGCGUGUUACGCUGAAUUUGGUGUCCGUGUACCAAACACUUCCGGUUCCGCGUAUAUGUACAGUUACGUCACUGUCGGCGAAUUUAUAGCGUUUCUGAUUGGUUGGAACAUGGUGCUCGAGUAUCUCAUAGGAACAUCAGCAUGCGCGUGUGCCCUGAGCGCGAGCCUGGACUCGCUCACUAACGGCGCUAUUAGCGCAUCAGUUCAGAAUUACGUAGGAUUUCUUGGAAAACCAGAUAUCCUGGCCGCGGGCAUUACUCUUUUGAUGAUGGUGCUUCUCGCAGCUGGUGUAAAAAAAAGUUUGAUAUUUAACCAUCUGAUGAACGCCAUCAACUUGGCCGCGUGGGUAUUUCUCAUGAGCGCCGGAUUAUUCUACGUCAAUCUUGAUAAUUGGACCAAGAACGAUGGGUUUUUGCCGAACGGCUGGGGCGGGGUAUUUAAAGGGGCAGCAACUUGUUUUUACGCUUUUAUCGGAUUUGACAUCAUCGCUACUACUGGUGAAGAAGCUCAUAACCCAAAAAAGUCUAUUCCACUGGCUAUCAUGGCUAGUUUAGUUAUUAUACUUGUAGCGUAUGUUAGCUCUUCAAUAAUUCUCACACUUAUUGUACCUUAUACAAAAAUCGACGAGAAUGCCGCUUUGCUGGACAUGUUUGUGCAGGUAGGCGCGCCUAGGUGUCAGAUGAUCGUUGCAGCGGGUGCUAUGGCCGGUCUGUUAGUGAGCAUGUUUGGUUCUAUGUUUCCGAUGCCCAGAAUCAUUUAUUCAAUGGCCCAAGACGGUUUGCUGUUCAAGUCACUAAGUCAGAUAUUUCCAUUGACCGGUACACCGGUAGUAGCCACUGUACUGUCUGGUAUAGCGUCCGCAGUAGCCGCUCUUGUUAUUAACUUAGACACGCUCAUCGAAAUGAUGUCCAUUGGCACGUUGUUUGCCUACACUUUAGUGUCAACAUGCGUGCUGAUACUCCGGUACCAGCCGCAGACGUCUACCGUAAUACACUUCUUCCCAGAGACGAUGCGAUCUCCCAUGAACGCACCCAAACAGAUCGUCACCAAUGGACGGGUAAACUUUGUGGUUCAGGAUGAUCAAAAAUACGCAUACACGAAUCAGGGAUACGGUAAUCAGACGUCGUUUUAUCAGACACAGUUGCCGCUACCGCAGCAAAUUAUACCUUCUCACCAGUCGCAGAGGAUUAUGGUCCGAAAAGUGACUAGAAGUUCACCGGAUUCGGAUGACACGUACUUUGGAGACGACUCCGAGGAGGGGCGCGAUGAUCAAUACCUGGUUUCAGACAGGUGCGAGAGCAAAUUCUACGGUUCCGUGCAUGGGGGAUCGACUGCUGGAUCGACGGCCGCGCCAGGAGGAUUCAGUGCUGCCAGCGCCAAUAUCACUAGAUCCAUUAAGGCCGCCACGUAUCUGUGCCCAGCCAUAUUCCCGUGGGUGGACAUGGGACCGGCAACCGAAGAGAGCGGAAUGGUGGUGCUCAAACUGGUCGGCGUAUUUUACGUGCUCAUCAUCGUGUUCGACGUACUGCUGGUGUUCGUGUCUUCUGAAUCGUCAACUUUCGUCUACGUCCUGCUGUACGCCCUGUUGAUUGCCGUUAUCAUCGUGCUGGGAGCCAUAUCCCGCAAGCCCCAGAACAAACAAAUUCUCGUUUUCAAAACACCAUGGGUUCCAUUUGUACCGUCAUUCUCAAUUGCCGUCAAUUUGUACUUGAUAUUUCAACUGAGCACAAUGACUUUACUUCGGAUAAUCGUAUGGGUUUCAAUUGGUCUAUUUGUUUACUUCUAUUAUGGUAUAAAGCAUAGCACGUUGGAACCACGGGUAGACGAGGACGAGAGAAUUGAACUGAAAAUGAAAUCGCAAACGACAAAACCACAAAAUAAUCGGCCACAAGCCCCAGCUUCGGCGAAGACUUCCACUAACACCAACAUCACUUCCACCUCCAAUUCUACCACCACCUCCACCGGAGUCACCUCCACUACGACUUAUUCUACUGCAACAGUGGUCGACGAGAAGACCGAACCGAAGAGGCCGACUAACUUAGAACCGCUACCCGCCAGCAAGGACAGUAAUUUGUUUGUGUCACCGUCCGCGUUCCCAAAGUGGGAAGACUAGAAUGACUGACCAAAAAAUUCAAAAAAUAAAAAAAAAAAUUAUAAAAUUUAAAAAUAAUAAACGUUUUGUUGACUCGGUGUCGAGACUUCAACAACGUUGUGUGUAAAUAGGGAUGUAAAAAAAAUAAUAAUAAUAAUAACUACUUAUAAACUUAUAAUAUAUUAUUACGGUUACAAAAUCAAUUCUUUGGGCUACCAAAAUGACUAUAAUACACUAUAAUAUUAUGUUAUUUAUAACACGUAUAAUACACGUGAUAUUUUUAAUAUAUUCUAUUACCUAGCUACUAUUAUUAUAUAAAAAAUCGAUAUUAUAUUAUAAAUUUGAUCUGUAAAACGUAAAAAAAGUGUCCUGUAUUAACGAACGAAUUAGAUCAAAAAAGUGUUGAACUAUUUGAGCUAUAAUUUAACAUCGUCGGGGCUCGUUUAUUGAUAUGCAUUUAAAUGUACAAUUCAAUAUGUCGUUGUUCUAUUUUUUGAAUUCACGUUCAAUCAUAUUCCUCGUGGCGAUUAACAUUAACUUAACUUCAUUAUAUACUAACUAUCUUAUGAUCGCCCAUCGUUAUACUGUAUGUAAGACCUAUUACCUGUCCACCCACUCGAUCAUUUGUCUACGGUUUUUUUUUUUUUUAUUGUCUCAAACGUAUAACUGAUUUUAUUACAAUUCAAAGUUCAUUGCCUCCGCUAGUCUGUGAAUUAGUGGAAUUCACAGUCGAAAUUCACCACGACAAUUGACAGUAAAAUGAUGAUUGCAAUAAUUUAUUAUAGGCACGAGUUAAAAUGGUUUCUCUUGUUUUCAAUAUUAAAUUGAGUUACCCGGUUUGAAGCAUUUAAAAAUGCAUUCGCGAUAUAACUCUUACUACACACUAAUGAUCAUUAGUCGAUAUCGAUUUUCAUUCGUUUGCUUUGUUCAUUUUUUGUUCAACACUCGCGUAUUACAGUAAAAUUACCAGUGAACUAUAAUAUAAUGGUAUAUUUCAUUUUGACUUACAAAACAGUAAGAAGAUUUUUUUUUAUUUCAAUUUCCAAAUAAUUAAAAAAAAAAAAAAAAAAACAGUAACAGUAGUAACUAACUUUAUCUGCAGAUCACUCGACUUAACACGGAUAUCGUUCUGUAGCUUAACGUAUACGAUAUUAUUACGCUUCCCCCUGCAUUGUGAUUUACAUCUGUGGUAGGCAAACUUUACCUAUAACUACCCGCCUACCUAUAACUAACAAAUCAAUAAUAUAUUUUCAACACGUUUAAAUAAACCGUCGACCAUUCAAAUGUUCAACAAUGGUCGUUUUCGCUUAAUGAAGGAUUUCUAUCUAUAUUAUAUACGCACUCGAACGAGAAGUAGUGAGGCAUGUCUAUAUACGCUGAAUAUAAUAUGAGUGUGCGUAUAUGUGUAUGGUUAUUGAUUAAUAUUAAAACGUAAAAAGCUUUUCUGUUGUCUUUUUUUAAUUGCUAGAUGUACUAUAAUUCAUAUUUUAUAUCGGGCCCUGACGUCCGGUUACGUUAUUUCGUCCCUAUAUUCAGUCGUAAUGUUUUAUUGGAAGGCUGCCGAUUUUGUCGAACAAAUCCUCCACUUUGCCCACAUCGUAUACACAACGGUAUUGCAGGUGGAUUUAUUUAAUCCCGAAAUCGUUUUCAAAUAGUCAAUGAUUUCUCCUAUAGAUUGGACAUACUAUUAUGAUUUAUAUAACAAAAAAUAAAUGUAUGUAUAUACAUUAUAAUAUAUAAUACACACAUUCUUAUUAUAUAUGUUUACAAAACAAUAUUUGUUUGUUUUAUUGUUGUGGCAAGACUGGUUUUAUCGAAUUGUAACGUAAAAUAAUUUGAAAUGUUUUAAAUUUGUUAAAUAAUUAUUAUGUUUGUACUUGAUUGAAUAUAAUAUUAUACAAGCUCCUUUUCUCAGUGGUCGUCGGCAAUAGAAAAAUAGUUGUAAAUUAAUAAAUUAACAAUUCGUGCCUAAACUACAUUUUAUAUCAUAAAAUGAUUAACGGGAUUAUAAGCAGGAUAUUAAGCAUGUAGCAAAAAAUCCAUGUAAAUUGACUGGAAGAUCGAUUACAAUGACCACACCCCAAUCACCCUCGGUUUGGGCUAUAAAGUCUCCGUUAGAAUAAUUUCGUCUCGUUGUUUGCUGGCGACCAAAUUAUAUUAAAUUCCUAACUUAGAUAUUAAAAAAUAAAUAUAUUAUAGUGGUUUUUCCUAUUAGUAAAUGAACAGGUAUUAUGUGUAUUUUAAAAUUUACAUUAAUUUAUAAACUAUUUACUUCAUAAAUUCUUAGUUAUAUAUUAUAGAGCGUGUUUAAUAAGUAUUACUCCUAGUCCCUAGAAUGUUAGUAUAAAUUAUAUUAUACGCUUUCAAAAUGGAAGUUGUCGCGCAAAGGUUCAAAUCUUCAUCUAAAAUUAUUAUUAUGAAACACAACAUUGUAUAGGCUGUAUAUUAUAAUAAUUAUCUAUAAAAUUGAUAUAUUAUAUUGUAACGAAAAUCAUUGCAUUUUUUCUUAAAUUGUUUUACGUGCCUUAAUUACACAACUAAAUAAUAUUAAAAUAUUGGAACGUAUGCGUAUAAUAAUGUUUAUUGGGGAAAACAAAUAUUUGUACUUAUUCGAAAAUUUUAUUUCCUCUUGGAAAUUAUUACUCUUAAAUUUAUUUUUAACCUUUAUUACUAAAUUGGAAAACUGUAUAGAAAAUACAAUAUUAUAAACAAAAGAAGUAUAAAAUUCAGGAUUUCCAAUACGAUUAAUAUUACAGUGCCAUUAAUCUGAUGCCAAUUUUACGAUUAUGCGUACAUUUUGUUCGGUUACCAUUAUUAUAAUUAUAAAUAUUAUUAUCAUUAUUAUAUUAUUAGUAGCAUUAUUAUUUGUAAUAUUAUUAAAUUUAUUAUAAUUUUUUUAUUGUUCAUACAAUAUUUGUUACUUUUAUAUCAUAUGUAUUAUUGUCAUCGUUACUAUUUAUCAUUUAGUUGUAAGUAUACAAAAUUAAAAAUAAUUUUACUGGCGACGAAUACUAAAAAUGAAGAUAAAAUAUAUCUCGAUACUGGUUCAAUAUUAAGAUAUUAUAUUGGAAUUCCAAAAUUUUCGAAAAUCAUAUACGCGUAGUGUGGAUAGUUUGUUUUGCAAGUCUAAGAAUUAUAAAAUAUCAUAACUUCAAGGCUCAUUGUUUAGGUAAAUACAUUAUUGAUAACUGUGGUUGGAAGUAAAUUACAUAUGAAUAUCCAAAUGCCUAAUUUUAAUAUGGCGGUGUUUCUAAGAAUAAUACACGUUCGGUAACAGCUGAUUUAACAAACGCUCUAAUUCAAUGAUUAAAUAGUAAUGGUGGAUCACGAUUUCAAAGAUUUUUACUAGUGUGAAACAUAAAUCAAUUUUUUUAAUUCAAUUCACUAAAAGACGAGUACUAUGUUUCGAUUGGUUUGUAUUUGUUUAAAAUAAAAUUUAUAUCAUUAUUA